UCAAUAAUGUCCUGCCGUGUUGUUUACUUUUAAAGAUCGAAAUGCUUGGAAUGUUUGACUUCUCAGUGCGAUGGCGUCAUAACAGCGUAAAUAUGAGACUGUUGUGGAUUCUUCACUGGUUUACCGCGCUAUUAUUCGCUCGCGCAUUUACAAGGAUGUACUGUGGCUGGAGAUUAUUUGCUAGCCAUUCCUUGCAGACGGAUUUAACUCGCAUUUCAAGAUGACAUCGGAGACUGGAAAACACGCUCCUCAUACAUCUACCAAACUGCCGGACACAAACAAGAGGUCCGACGUUAGAAAGCAGUGGACCCGUCUGGAGAAACUAAUCUGGCCCGUUGCUCCUGAUGGCUAUAUCCCCAACUCUGUCGUCAGGAGCUUGGCUCCGUAUCCAAAGUUCAGUACUCCUUGCGCCAACAGGGGGCUCCAAAUAAUGGCACAAAUAGAAGACGCAAAGGUCCGUUCGGCAAAGCAAAGGCGACUGUUAAAGUAUUUUCUCGAAAAGUAUUGCCCUCUUAAAGAAGAGCAAGAGAACAAGGAAGAAGACGAAAUCAGUUUGGAAAAUGUUAUAGAAAGUGUACCUGAGGAAACAAACAUAAGAGCAAGCUUGACAUCACUUCAAAAUAAGUCUGAGGAGACAAAGACAAGGGCCAGCUUGACUCGAAGAGCUGUGCCCCGGAGCCAAUACCUGCUCCAGAACAGACAAAAGUUCCUACAGCAAAAUGCUUCUUCUGUAGUGAAACUCCAGACGAACAGUUCUUCUGCAGAUGAUCUUCAGAUGAAAGAUUCUUCUGUAGAUGAUCUCCAGACGAAUGCUGCUUCUGUACAGGAGCUAAAGAGCAAGGAAGAUGGUGAAAAAGAUCAGAGCCUCUGUGAAAAUAGCAAUGCUUUUCCCUCAGAGCAGUCAAAGAAAGUGAAGAGAGGUCAAAACACUGCUUUUAAACUCCCAGAAGAUGUGAGCACAAGUUUGCAGAAGGAGCAAGAUGAGUUGCACCAGAAGGUUAAGGAGGAGCAAAAGAAAAGUGAUACUACAAACAAAAAUGCACAUGUGCCAGAGAUUGGGGCUCCGAAGCGGACCAUACGGCAUUCCCCCUUAAAGAAACUGAAGUGCUUUGUUCCACCUCUUCCUCUGGGUGACAGAAGGCCUAAUUCUGUCCUCAUUUACCUUUACAAGAGAUCAAAAGAAGAAUCAGCUCAUGAAGGGGUGAAGCAUGCUCCAAAAGUGGCUUAG